AUGGGGAGGCUAGUUUUUUUCUCAUUUCUUUCCAUCUUCUCCUUCCUCAUAACGUUCUCUGAUGUGAUGAUACCACAAAAGCAUGUCAUGGCACUCCCUCUGUCUACCAACUCACGGUGGAUCGUGGACGAGAACGGGCGGAGAGUGAAGCUGGCAUGCGUGAAUUGGGUAUCGCAUCUUGAGGUCAUGGUAGCCGAGGGGCUUAGCAAGCAGCCCAUGGAUGCUAUUGCCAAGCGGAUUGUGUCCACGGGGUUCAACUGUGUUAGACUCACUUGGCCAGUUUUCUUGGUAACCAAUGGCACUUUGGGGUCUCUCACUGUUAGACAAUCCUUUCGAAGCCUUGGUCUACUCGAAUCAAUCUCUGGUAUCCAGGCCAACAACCCCUCCAUCAUUGAUCUUUCCCUCCUUGACGCUUACCAGGCAGUGGUGUCUAGCCUUGGGAAUAAUAAUGUGAUGGUGAUAUUGGACAAUCACGUAAGCAAGCCUGGUUGGUGUUGCAGUAAUUUUGAUGGCAAUGGCUUCUUCGGUGACCAAUAUUUCGAUCCAGAUCAAUGGAUCACAGGCCUUACUAGAAUGGCGAGCAUGUUUAAAGGUGUGCCUAAUGUGGUUGGCAUGAGCUUGAGGAAUGAGCUUCGAGGCCCCAAACAGAAUGUCAAUGAUUGGUACAGGUACAUGCAGAAAGGAGCUGAAGCAGUGCACUCAGCAAACCCUAAUGUUAUUGUCAUUCUAUCUGGCCUGGAUUAUGACAAAGACUUGUCUUUCCUGCACAAUCGACAGGUGAAUCUAACAUUUAGUGGUAAAAUAGUGUUCGAAGCACACUGGUAUGGCUUCUCAGAUGGGGAGGCAUGGAAAAACGGCAACUCGAACCAAGUAUGUGGAACGGUGGUGGAUAAUAUGAUGAGGAAAUCUGGAUUUUUGUUGGACCAAGGUUGGCCAUUGUUUGUGAGUGAGUUUGGGGUGGAUCAAAGAGGGACAAAUGUGAAUGAUAAUAGGUACUUGGGAUGCUUCCUUAGUGUUGCAGCUGAACUUGACUUGGAUUGGGCUUUGUGGACACUAGUUGGAAGUUAUUAUUUCAGGCAAGGUGUUGUAGGGAUGAAUGAGUACUACGGGGUGUUGAAUUCGAAUUGGUGUGAGACCAGGAAUUCAACCUUCUUGCAGCAAAUAUCUGUCCUCCAAUCUCCAUUUCGAGGGCCAGGUCUUUCAGAAGCUCGUCCACAUAAAGUGAUUUUCCACCCAUCAACGGGUCUUUGUGUGUUGAGGAAAUCAAUGCUUGAGCCACUAAGGUUAGGCCCUUGCGCUGAAUCUGACGCCUGGGACUAUACACCCCAGAAUAUGCUCAGAGUGAGAGGGACAUAUUUCUGCUUACAAACAGAUAAUUUGGCCAAACCAGCAAAACUUGGCAUAAUAUGCCCAGAUUCUAAUUCAAAAUGGGAAACUAUAUCAGAUUCCAAAAUGCACCUUUCAUCCAAGGCCCCCAAUGGCACAGACGUUUGCCUAGAUGUAGGCUCCAACAACAUCAUUGUUACCAAUACUUGCAAAUGUUUGAGUAAAGAUAAAACAUGCGACCCAGAAAGCCAAUGGUUUAAACUAGUUAAUAGCACAAGAAGGCCAACCUGGACGAAACCCUCGUCUCGGAUGAGCUCAAUCCUCAAUUUCCCACCAAAGGAUUUUCUAUGGAGGUUAGAAGGCUCGUUCUAA